CACCCUGCUAUCCGUCAUCACUCCACGAGCCCAUCAUUUACAUUAAGAUUAAUUUUAGAAGACACACUGAAAAAAGUGAGACCAUUCAGGGGAGACUUUGGAUACGAAGGAGAGCAUGGUCCUGUCCACUGGCCGAGUACGUUCCCUGAAUGCGGUGGCAGAGCGCAGAGCCCUUUGGACAUCGACAUAAGUCAAACCGAGUCCCUCGAUAUCCAGACACCCCUGGAGGUCCCAGAUUUGAUGUGGUCUUCAUAUCAAUUUAAGAUAUUGAAUAAUGGCCACACAGUGCAGCUGCAGCCAGUGGAUCCAGCCUCUGUGGAGAAAUCGGUCCUACGAGGCGGUCCGCUGACGGGCGAAUACCAGUUUCUCCAGUUGCACUUCCACUGGGGUGAGAGCGACGAUAUGGGCAGCGAGCACGCUGUUGAUGGCUCCUACUAUGCUAUGGAGAUGCAUAUGGUAUUUUCAAGAAAAGCAGCACGUGGCAAGGAGAAUUCCUAUAGGGAACAUGGUGAUGCAGCAGUAUUGGCGGUCUUCCUGGAGCUGGUUGACGAUAACAACCCUGUACUAAAGCCCGUGGUGUCACACCUGCCACAACUGCGGGAGGUGGACUCCGAGGUGUACCCACAGAUGUCCAUGUCUACCGUAAAACUGGUUCCUGAAGAGCGGGGCAGCCUGCUGGUGUACAAUGGGUCGCUCACCACGCCACCGUGCUCGGAGACCGUCACCUGGAUCAUCUUCCGUCAGCCAAUCACUAUCUCUUCCGAUCAGGUGGAAGGCUUCAGGAGAGUGAAGUCCGCACAUGGACAGCUGAGAAAGAACAGAAGGCCGGUGCAGCCGCUCAACGGCCGGACUGUGUACACUGUGUCUCCGAACCGCAAGUUCACGGAGAGUGCCACAGCUCGCAGUGUGUCUCCAGAGCCCAGGUUCAGGGAGACCACCACACGAUCCGGGCUGUUCUUCCUGUGUGCGCUGCUACUGCACUCCAUACACUAUCUCUAG